AGAACACCUUCAAGAUAAGCAGACAUCGAAGGUGCCAGGAAUAAAGUAAAGGAAAGAGUAGGUAGUUGUUAAUGCAACAACCGCUUUUGAGAACUCCGGCUUUCAGACAAAAAAACGCCUCGAUAUCACCACAAAGCUCAAUAUCAGAUCUCGAUAGCUAUCUUCGAUUCGUUUGAUAAGUCCAAACGAGAUAGCCACCCUUCUCCAUCUGCUAUGGAUAUCGUGUGUGAUAAUCCAUUGAGAAAGACCAAAGAUAGUUUGGGUGAGAAAAAGGGAGGCAAACCUAUAUGGUAUUGCUGUCAAUGUGGGCUAGGCCCGAUGAUCAUCAACACUACUCCGUCGUGCAUAUUCUGUAAUCAGCACACAAGAUGUGGAGGAUGCGAUACUGCUUGAUAUACCAUGUUGAGUUAAUAUAAAGGGACCUAUGAAAUGGGAAUUAUGUAGAUUGACUGAGCUAGUUGAUUUAUUCUAAGUUUAUGAAGGACCGUUAUGUCCAGGUUAUAUGACUAUCAUCAAAAACA